CGAAAUGUAUCGUCUCAAUUAUUGGUGAUGAAGUAGAUAUUCCUAGCUUUACGGAACAGCAGGUAUGGAAUGCCUUGAAAAGAAUAAAGAGGACAGCAACAGGUCCCGAUUAUAUUCCCUAUUGGGUUUGGAAUGAUCAUGCGGAAAUUCUAACCGAAGUUGUAACUAACGUCUGGGAUUUGUCCCUUUCAUCACAUACUUGGCCAGAUUCAUGGAAAAGAGCGAAUAUUAACCCUCUUGUAAAGGUUGAUUUACCAAAGGAAGAUGGUGAUUUUCGUGGAAUAAAUAUUACACCUGUAAUUGCGAGGACCUUCGAAAAGCUCGUUUAUAAUAGUCAGGUCAAGUCGACAGUUGAGGAAAUUUUAUCCCCAACGCAAUUUGUGUACAGGCAGGGGGGAAGUUGUACAAACGCUCUGUUGACUAUUCAGAACAAAGUACUCAGCUUCUUAGAUAGAGCGGACUGCAAAGCAGUUAGACUGUUUUCUAUGGAUUUUAGCAAGGCUUUCGACUCCGUGAAACAUUCACUCCUCUUGGAAAAGUUAAAAAAUGUGCCACUCAACCCUUAUAUCAUAAAUUGGUAUUUAAAUUUUCUAAAGAAUAGAAAGCAAAGAGUCGUUUGUAACGAUUUUUGUGGAGAAUGGAUGGAUGGAUGUUAAUAAGGGUACAACACAGGGGAGCGUAAGUGGACCCUACCUUUUUAAUAUUUUCCUAAAUGAUUUAGAGGUGGACAUAGACGGCGAGAACGCUCUUUUUAAAUAUGCGGACGAUUCAAAUAUAAUGGUGCCAGUUUGGAGUGACGGUCCUUGAUACAUCAACAGCCAGGCGAAACACUCGUAGAAUUUAUUCAGCAACUUCGGAGACUAAGUAAGGAUUGUAAUCUAAAAAGUGUUACUGCUGAACAGUAUCCGGAGGAACUAAUUUGAGACUCAUUUAUUAAUGGUCUACUUUCCCCAUUAAUUCGUCAACGUCUUCUAGAGAACAGUACACUAGAUUUGAAAUCUGCUUUUGACCAAGCUAAUGCUUUUGAUUUAGCACAGAAGAACGCGGAAAUGUAUACCAUGCCCACUAUUCCCACAGCUACAGCGGCAGCUGUUUCAGUAACAGAACAGACCUCGAAAGCUGCUGCCUCCAAUGACGAUGUCCCUCUUGCCGGAACAUUUACAUCAAAGAAAUGCUAUUUCUCUGGUAAUUCUAUCCAUAAUAGAAGAAAUUGCCCUGCCCGAAAUCGUGUGUGUGUGUGUGUGUGUGUGUGAUAGCUGUGGCAAAAGGGGGUAUUAUGCAAACGUUUGCAGGUCAAAAGCCCCUACGGUUGCUUCAAUAUUUUCGCCUUCACUUUGUGCAAUCGUGGCUUCCUGUCCAGAGUCUUUGAAGCAAGCAUCUGUAAUAUCUCUAUUGGAAACAAACCGUUGACUGCACUUGUUGAUUCUGGACGUUCUGACAGCUAUAUAAAUGAGAGCGUGGCCAAACACCUUGAUCUUCAUUUCCAUCCAUCAAAACAAUAUGUGUCUAUGGCCCUGAGUUCCCUCAAGUCACAUGUUGUUGGUCACUGCUAUGUAGAUAUUGCUCUGAAUGAACAUAUGCAUCCAUCCUGUAGUCUGGGAAUACUUAAAGAUCUUUGUAGCGAUAUAAUCCUAGGUCAGGAUUUCCAAAAAGGGCACAAGAGUGUUAUUAUCGAAUAUGGUGGUUCUAAACCAGAGCUGAUGAUUCCAAAGUCUACCCCUGUUUGUGCUCUCUCUGCUGCAUCAGUUGAAGAGCCGUCUCUUUUUGCGAAUCUUAGUCCAGAUUGCAAACCGAUAGCAAGUAAACCGAGACGCUUUAGUAAGGAAGACCACGAUUUUAUACAACAGGAGGUUAAUCAGCUUCUUUCGGAAGGGAUCAUUGAACCUAGCAAUUCACCAUGCAUGGAGAGCACAGGUUGUUGUUGUUAAAGAUCCGUUGAAUAGACAUGAGAAGCGGUUCUGCAUAGACUACUCGCAGACCCUUAACCAGUAUACCGACCUUGACGCCAAUCCUCUACCACGGAUUGAUUAUAUGAUUAACAAUCUUGCUAGCUACAAAUUUUUCUCAACUUUUGAUCUUAAAAGUGCCUAUCAAGUGCCAAUAAAGGAAGCUGAUCAGAAAUAUACUGCCUUCGAAGCCAUUGGAAGACUCUAUCACUUCCAACGCGUGCCUUUUGGGGUCUCUGCCUCGAUGUCAUCAAACAACCUCGAAGAAAUCCAUAUUGGGUUGUGUUAUCCCGGUGUAACUCGAAUGUUACGAUUCGUAAAGUCCAAGAACCUUCUUCCAUACUCCACUGAAGAAGUUCAGAAAGUGUGGUCAGCACGCCGAAGUUGCGCCGAAUUGAAGCCUCAGUUUUAUCGUCGGCAGCAAUCCGGAAACCUAAUCAAAGCCACACAGCCUAUGGAGCGACUUAGUAUCGACUUCAAGGGUCCACUACCUAUUGCUACUCGUAAUGCAUAUAUACUCACUGUUGUGGAUGAGUACUGCCGUUUCCCAUUUGCCUUUCCAUGUCCAAAUAUGCAAUCCUCAACCAUCAUCAUGUGUCUGAAUCAGUUAUUCAGUCUUUGUGGCAUGCCAAAUUAUAUUCACUCAGAUCUUGGUACCUCUUUCCUUUCUCGGGAACUAUAGCACUAUCUAACGAAACGAGGAAUAGCAACGAGUAGAACUACGCCGUACCAUCCAAUUGGCAAUGGUCAAGUUGAACGAUACAAUGGCAUCAUCUGGAAGGCGGUUCGUUUCGUCUUGCUCUAAGGUCAGCUAAUCUACCAGAUUCAAGAUGGGAACUCGUACUCGCUGAUGCACUUCACUCGAUUAGAUCACUUCACUGUACGUCAACUAAUGCAACUCCACAUGAAAAGCUUUUCAACUUUCAUCGUCGUUCAUCAUAUGGUGUGUCCCUGCCAUCGUGGAUGCAACCUGGUAUUGCUACGUCGAUUUGUUCGAACGAGUAAGAACGAUCCACUUGUGGAUGAAGUGGAGUUAACGGAUGUGAACCCAACCUACUCACGUGUACGUUACGCUGAUGGGAGAGAAUCGUCUUUUUCUUUACUGAUCUGGCUCCUUGCCCGCCUUCUUCCAUCCAGAAUGGAAUCCCCUUCGAACCCCAACCUUCGCAAAAACCCUUCCCUACAUCUGAUGGAUUUCCUCCAGCGCCAAACU